CAGAAGCAACGUCUUUCCAAAUACAACUGCAACAAUAUGCUGGAGUUAGAUUCAAAGCAAACAAUAAAAGAAACAAUCGCACCCAUACCCUUCCGCAUUUUAAAGUGCAUCGGACUGUGGCGCCCCUUGACAUGGUCCAACUGGCUCAAGUCACUUUAUACUGGCUUUAGCGUUCUGACUUUGAUAUUGCUGAUUACCAUCACGUUAACGGUUCUCCUAGGAGUCUAUCAGAUGCCAAUGACCGACGAUUUGUUCGCCGAAAAUGUCUUUCUCAUGUUCGCUCUCAUCAACGCCUGCUUCAAGGCCAUCAAUGUUUUGUCGUCGCGGGCGUUGUUCAUCGAGAUGAUAACGAUGAUACAGCACAAACGCUGGUUGAAACUUCGCAACUCCGAGGAAGAAGACAUCCAGGAUAAGUACAGCAAAACGAUACGAAAGAUCAGUAUUUAUUUUACGACCGCAGUCUUCAUCGCGAUAGUGCUCCGAUGCGUCGCGCCACUCGUCGACCAAACUGGCCAAAAGCUAUUGCCAGUAGAUGCCUACUGUCCGUGCAACGUUGAGAAUCCUGGCUGCUACUGGUUACUGUUCUGGCAUCAAUCAUUUGGAACUGGCAUCGCCACUUUAGUCCACGCUGCCAAAGACUGCCUCAUUAUCGCUCUGCUGCUGCAGACUUGCGCUCAACUGGAGAUCCUAAAAUAUCGCCUAUUGAGUAUUGCAGAUGAGAGCAAAGAGGCACACGCCAAAAACAUAAAACUCGAUCUCAUUGAGACUCUGGAGAGAGAAUCAAUCGCGGAUUGUGUUCAGGAUCACGAAAGUGUAUUCAAAUUUUCCAGAAUACUAAAUAAGAGUUUGAGCGUUAUGUUGUUUGGACAAAUUGCAGUUACGAUACCAAAUUUGUGCUUGAGCAUCUUUUUACUAUCAACGCAACACAUAGCAAGUGUAGAAUUCAUGAUGACUAUGCAAUUCUUUUCGGCGGUCGUGAUAGAAUUAUUCUUCUUUUGUUGGUACGGCAAUGAAGUAACAUUGACUAGCCUCGAUGUUGAAAGUGCAAUCUGUGAAAUGGAAUGGGAGAUAUUAGCAAACUCGUCUAAAAAAGACUUACUCUAUAUGAUGAUGAGAACAUCAAAGCCUAUCCUUUUUAGAGUUGGACCGAUUAUGAAUAUGAAUAUUGAUUCGUUUUUAAGUAUAAUGAAGUCGUCGUAUUCAGCCUUUAGUGUUUUACAGUCGACCGGAGCCUAAAAAAGGGAUUCAUUACAGAAAAACAAAUCAUUUUUAAUAGUAAUGUGCUCAG